AUGCAAGCUCUCGUUGAUUCUCUUCUGGAGUCCAUCCACAAUCCCUCCCCCACUGAUCCUAUCCAAGAAUGCUUCGACCAUGACUCCGACAAGCUUCGUACGCUCCUCCGGGACGACCCCGAUACUGCACUCCGCCUGGCCGACGCGAAACUACGCGAGUUCCCGUUCAAGGAUGUGAAGGAUUGCUGGCGUCGGUUAUACACGGACGCGAGUCUCGUGAAAGCAAGUCUCUUGAUCCGCGAGGGUCUCCAGCAGGAUGGAAACAAUCAGGAGAAGCAAUCUGGGGAGAGCUCAGCACUCAGGAAUAAUCAGGCGGACUGUACUACAGGACAACAGCCCACGAUCGACCCCCAGGCUCCAUGGCUGGAGUCCGUGGUUCGCUACCUCGACAUGGCAUUGAUCAUGACAGGAGCUCCGCUGCGCGAAUCAGUCAUUGAGUCUCUCUUCUCCGCUCUACAGGCGGCGACGACGACGCCUAAAGACCAUCGAACUUCAGAACGCGACUCGAGCGACGGCGAGACAAGAUGCCAUCCCGCGAAACGGAGAAAGUUGUCUCCCCCGUUAUUCCCUCCGGAUGCAGCUCCAGCCCCAGAACUGAAGCACCCUGUUCCCCGGGUCUCGGCUCCCUCCUUCGACGCGAUCGAGCAUCACAUACAGAUUGUCCGCACGCCAUUGGUGAUUACGGAUGCUGUGGACCACUGGCCGGCGCUAUCGACGAGGCCAUGGACAUCACGGGACUAUUGGUUUCAACGGACCUUUGAUGGCAGGAGACUGGUGCCAGUGGAGAUUGGGCGGUCAUAUACCGAUGAGGGAUGGGGGCAGCGAAUCAUGCCCUUCAAGGAGUUUGUGGAAAAGUAUCUCUGGCGGUCUGAGAAGUCAGACGUCAACAAGAACGGAGAAAAGACGCAUGACGAUUCUGGCCAAACGGGGUAUAUGGCACAGCACAAUCUCCUCUCGCAGAUUCCGGCGCUGCGAAAGGAUGUAUGUGUGCCAGACUACUGCUACAUCGAUCCGCCGGGUCCUGAAGUUGGGACCCCGGUGUACGAGAAAAAGCAACGUGAACGAGAGGCCAAAUCAUCUGGAGCGUCGAAAAAGAUCAAUGUCAGUAUAGACGAUCAAAAUCAUCUUCGAGAUCUGUCGUCCAAGGGGAACCAUGCAGGGAACUCGUCGGACCAGGAUUCAGAUCUCGGUGUGCCUAAAGACCCAAUAAUCAAUACCUGGAUCGGACCAUCUUGGACGAUAUCUCCUCUCCACCAUGACCCGUACCAUAAUAUCCUGGUGCAGGUGGUGGGUGCCAAGUACAUUCGUCUAUACUCGCCACACACGCCAGCGUCACAGAUCCAUCCGCGUGGGAUGGAAACGGUUAACCCAGGUGGUGGACAGUCGGGCGCUGAUCAUCCUUCAAGCGACAACGAUCACGAGCAGCGAGAGCAGCUAAUCGACAUGUCCAACACGUCGCAGGUCGAUCUCGCGGCGAUCGAGCUGUCGCCAGCCGAGUCGGAACAGUGGGAGUCGAUGUGGCCGGGAUUUUCGAAGGCGGAAUACGUCGAGACGGUACUGAAGGAGGGCGAAUGUUUGUAUAUCCCAGUUGGGUGGUGGCAUUACGUGCGUGGACUGAAGGCAGGUAUCAGCACGGGAACAGCGAAAGGCCUUAGAACGAGCGAUUAUGAUGACGAGUACCUAGCAGUUAUGUACAGUACAUAG